CUGUUCUGAAGACAGAAGCAAGAGCUUGAAAGAAGAGCUGAGAAAGAAAAUUGAAGGUGCCUACUCUACCUUCUGACAUCCAAAGGGACCAUGGCUAGUUGUAUUGAAACCCAAAACAUUACUUCCAAUUCUACCCGUCCUACCAAUCCUUUGGCAGGAGCAUCAAUAGGCAUAGGGGUACUAUCGCUUGCCUUCAUCGUGGGAUUCCCUGGCAAUGCCUUCGUAGCGUGGACGGCCAUCUGCUGGGUUCACAAGCGGACGGUCACCUGUCUCCUCAUUCUCCAUUUAGCCAUUGCUGACCUGGCGGUGCUCCUCACAGCCCCUCUCUUCCUGCGAUUCCUAAGUGCCAAGAAAUGGGAGAUGGGUCAGGCCGUCUGCCAAAUCUGCUAUUACAUCUGUGGGGUCAGCAUGUACGCCAGUGUUUACCUCAUUGCUCUCAUGAGCCUUGACCGUUGCCUGGCAGUUUCCAAACCUUUCGUCUCGCAGAAAAUCCGCACCAGGCGCACCAUCCGGCUUUUGGUGUUGGCAAUUUGGGUGAUGAGUUUUUUCUUAGCUGCGCCUUCUCUCGUCUACCGGAAAGUGGUUACUCGCAACAACACGGAGUACUGCAUAUUGUGUCACCAAGAAGACAAGGAGUUGGUCUUCCACAACCUCUUCGAAACCAUCACUGGGUUUCUGCUGCCUUUUGCCAUUGUCGUCUACAGCUACGGGAUGAUCAGCCAACGACUCAAGGAGACGCGCUUCCGUCAGAAACGCCGGACCAGCCGACUCAUUAGCCUCAUUGUGAUCGCCUUUGCCCUUUUCUGGCUUCCUUACCAUAUUGUCAACCUUUUAGAUGUGAUUGGCCUGUGGAGCAACUCGUUAAAAAAAGCAGGGAAGAUGGCUAGGCCCAUUUUGGUGGCUCUUGCGUUCUUCAGCAGCAGUGUCAACCCCAUCCUUUACACGUUCAGUGGUGGCUCCUUAAUCCGAUCAUCUGGUAUUGGUUUCAUGGCCAAACUCUUCGAAGGAACAGCCUCGGAGGUGUCCAGCAUAAAACAUGGUACCUUCCGCGACCGAGAUCUCAAGACAGAACCCUUAAAUAAUGGGAAACCGGACUCCUUAACUAUGUCUACUAACCCAACAGAGAGUAGCUCACCUCAAGAAGGUGGAAGAAGAUUGAAGCUGCUUUCUUCAACUUGAAACAACAGACAAGGGUGGACAUUCAGAUUUUUUUUUUUUGCCAGUUAUUUUUAAGGUCUUCUGAAGUGCUAUAGAAAUGUUGUUUCUUACUUUUCUCUAUAUCUUCUUCAAUUAUAUUUUGUACAAGGUAGGCAGUUUCAUUUCUUACUCAUUUUGUUCUGCAAUUCCUUAAUUUCAGGGACUAAAUAUGAGGGUUUUUUUUAAUCUGUCAUCAUAUUAAAAUAUUAUGUUUAGGAAGGAUUCCAAGGAUUGUUGCAAGAAUGGUGAAAAUCUCUCUGAACAUGUGAAAAGAUGGAUUGAUGACUUUAUGUUCAUUAAGCACUUACCUUUAGAGACCAUGAAACUUGCAUAGAGUCUGUCCCCACCCCAAUUCUACAUCUAAAAUCAGAGCAUGGUUUGUCCAAUUUCAGUUUUAGACAAACAAAAACUGUUGUUUCUUCUUUUUUCCACUUUCAAAACAAUUGACAUAACUUUUGUGGAACACUUCCCUCCCUGUUUUUAAGCAUUAGUUAGUUUGCAAUUGUCUUGAGAGAAGAAAAAUGUGUUUAAUGCUUUGUUUACCAUUGAUAUUCUCUCUUGAAACGUUCCCUCUUUCAUCUUCUAUUUAACUACUUCUGUUAAUAUUUUUGUUAGUAUUAUUGAAGUGUUUUGUUGCCCUGAAUCUUAUUAUUUCAUCUCUCUCUCUCUCUCUCUCUCUCUCUCUCUCUCUCUCUCUCUC